AGGAGAGGAGCUCCGGCCCGCCAAAAAAAAAUAGCAGGGGCAGGGGCCGCAGGCGCCGCGACCCAUGGGCGUCAAGCAGGUCCUCGUCCGCCCCCGCUACGGCGACGAGGAUGUCGUCGACCAGUCGCCGCCGCCGCCCAUGUCGUCCUCGCCCUGCGGCCGCUACGUCCACCACCGCGUCUGCAGGUUCGACACGCUCGCCGGCGUAGCCAUCAAGUACGGCGUCGAGGUGGCGGACGUGAAGCGCGCCAACGGCCUCACCACCGACCUGCAGAUGUUCGCGCACAAGACGCUGCGGGUCCCGCUCCACGGCAGGCACGCGCCGUCUCCUCCCUCCUCGUCCCCAAGCCACGCCGCCAGAGAAUGGACUAAAAAUGCUGCUUCCCUGGACCCGCUCCUUAAACUUAAACCACCACGGAGCACAGUUUCGCCAUCCAUGAGCCUUCUACUACAGGGGUGCCAUGGCCUGACGCCGGCUCCAAAGGGGGACCUGAACCUGACCGAUGAAUGCGCUCAAGGCCAUCACAGGAAAGCCGGAAGCUUAUCGAGCACCUUGUUGCCGAGGAGAGCCGGGCAAGGGCUGGCCCUGAGGCCAAAGUCUGGCGGUCGGGCAGACACGAACGGCAUCCAGCAGGAUCUGUUGGCUGCGUGGGUGCCCUCGUACGGGGACGGGUUGCGCGCGGUGAAGAGAUCGUCGAGCGCUCCGGAGUUCCAGGAUUCGGACAGCGUCAGCCUCGCCUCGGCGUGGCUGAAGAGCAAGUGGAACCUGAAACCGGAUUAUGCCUUCACCCUGGCGCUGUUCGACGGCAUCUCCAAGCCUCUCCUGGACAGCAUCCCCAAGCCUCUCCUCGACAACAUCCCCAACUCGAUCGUUGCUUGGAGAAACAAGGCGGCCAGAGAUUAGCAGCUUCGUUUCGUCUCUUUACAGCCAACAAAAAAAAAGGCCUCGAACGGUUGGACACACUGUGCUGAAAUGGCGUGACGGAUACAGUGACACAUUACUUGCACAUACAUACUGUGCUGAAUCUAUUGUGCCAAAGCAGCAGCAGCAGCAGAUUGGGAGCUGGGAGAUGAGCCUGGGGGUGUAUUCUUUUCAUUUUUGUACGUACACAUCUAGGAAUGAAGGCAAACGCCUGGCAGCAUUCCCAUGACCUAAUAAAGAAAUAGCUUG